UGAAUUGUGUAGAAAAAACGCAAUUAAAAACUCUUUUCAGAACAUAAACCGUUGAGCAAUGAAAAAGUUCAAUGGUUGAACGUAUCUUGCAGAGAUGGGAGCCUUUUUCCUGAGAAGGAGAUUUCUGAAGAGAAUUGGAGUGCUUGGAGUUUUAUCCCUAGCAGCUUAUCUCCUAAUUGUUGUAUUUAACAGACCUUCAUCAGAGAAACAAAAUUUAACCUCACCAAGUGAUCCUGAAUCUCCUGAAAGUCAAAACUCACAAUCACACAAAAUUGAUGCAAAAAAGAAAGAUGAGAACAAGGAAACAUCCAAGGUUGAUAAAAAACAUUUGCACACCAAGAGUGAGAAAACAAUUGAACCUUCCAGUGAUAAAACACAUUUAAGUUUUACACCAAAAACUGCCAAGGUUCUUGAUCCUCCACAUUCGAGUGAAAAUCUGGAAUCUGUAGUGACCAACACAAAUAUAUAUAGUUCAGAACCAGAUAUUACAGAAGGGAGCAAGAUGCCUGAGAAGCUUGAAAACUCCUUAGAGAACACGGAGACAAAGAAUGGACCGAAGAGACCAAAACCAAAUAAAGAACUGAUCAAAUCAAGAAUUUCUGAAGAUGCAAUUUUAGACAAAAUGAAGAUGAACCUGAUAAGAGAGACUGACAAGGAGAACCUGGAAGAUCUUGUUAAACCUGAAAUUAUUCUGAAAGAGGCUAUUGGACCAGUCAGAUAUCUGACAGACAAAAAGGCUCCAGUUUUAAUUGGAGCCAAACUUAUUGUCAUUGCUCGAGAGAAAUCUGGGUUUCCUGUUCUACAGCAGUUUCUUAACUCAAGAAAUGAUUUCUUUGAACACGGAGAGCCCCCUUCUAUUACUAAUCCUCAAGAAACAAAUCUAAAUUUACAUAUUGUUCCAAAUCUGCUAAAUUGUGUUCUAGACCCAGAAUUACUUAAGGAUUACGACACUAGGAUCUUGACUGGGUUUGGUAGGACUCCAUAUUUUCAAGAACAGUGUCUCCUGGAUAGUUCAAGUAUAUGCUCUGAUCCAAUAUCUUAUGAGAAAUCAUGUAGAAGAUAUGGAAACCAGAUUCUACGGAGUAAGGAGAUGUCUCUGGAACUACUGGAGAAACUUCUAGAAGAAAAUCAAGAUGUAAAAGCAGUAUUCAUAGUGCGGGACCCCAGAGCUACACUCAGAGAUAAACAACAGAAGGAAGUUCACGAGAUAUGCAGCAGAGUACUAGCAGACCUUAAAUAUUCAGCAGAACUCGAGGGAAAAUUCCCCGGGCAAUUUGUAGCAAAAAGAUUUGAGGUUUUAGCGAGGUAUCCUAGAAAUGAAACCUUGAAGCUGUUGGGAUCUCUAAACCUAGAAACUGCUAUUGACCUAGACCUUUACAUAGAAAGUAUAGAGGGAUGGAGUCCUGAGAAAAACCCUGUAUCAAAGAUAAACAGCUGGAAACAGAAACUAAAUAUUCAACAAAUAAAAACAAUCGAAUCUCAGGAAUAUCAAUCAGAACUAUACCGGCAAGUUAAAAACCUGAACAUUAAACAUGUUCAGGUUUUUUUAAUUAACUUUUUAUGAUUUACAAAAUGUUCAAAUUAAUUCCACAAUUCGACUCCUAUCCUAAAGAAAUCACGAACACUGAACAGUUAAGUAAAAUCGCGCGUUAUCAAGGUUCAUUAUUUCCAUGGAUAGGUCACAUCUUUGAUGGUUAACGUUACAGAACGGAAGGGUUAAUUAUUGAUAAAGAAAGAUCGAGCUUACGGAAUAUUUGAUUAAUAUUGAUCUUAGUGUUUGGACACGCUUAGUCGGCUUGAAUACCCGAUCCUAGCGAUUUAAG